UUGAAUGCUCUUGCGGACCCUCCAGGUGAUGUUCGCCAUGAGAGAGUUGUCGGGUCCCUUGACGCCGCUCAUCGGCAUGGUGACCUACUGCUCCUACUGCAACGAGCCUUUCUCCUUGGGGAUACUGCAGCUCCUCAAGACGCAGCUGGAGACGGCGCCGCCUCACGAGUUGAAGAACAUCUUUCACAUGCUGCAGGAGCUUCUGGUCGUGGAGGACCCUCUGCAGUCCCAGAGGCUCAAGUAUGCCUUUGAGUCAGAGAAAGGCCUGCUGGCUUUGAUGCACCAGAGCAACAACGUGGACAGCAGACGUUGCUACCAGUGUGUCAAGUUCUUGGUCACGUUGGCCCAGAAGUGUGCUCCAGCCAAGGAUUAUUUCAAGGACCUGUCUGGUCACUGGAGCUGGGCAGUGCAGUGGCUCCAGAAGAAGGCACGUUGAG